GUUAGAUUUUUUUUGCCAUGUCAUUCGUCUGGUAUACAACACUAUAAUUUGCAUAGAUUAAAGUUAUAGGUUAAACCAUAUUAAAUUAAAUCUGGUUUGAACAAUCCGCAACAAGUUAUGUCGUGCGUGUCGCUUUGAAACAACUUUUCGAAUUUGGUUUUCUUGCGGAGGGUAGGAGGGGGCUAAAGUUUCCUGAACAUUUUCCGGGUUUCACUGGAUGAGAAGUUUCCUGUGUUGGUUGCUGAGACUCGCUGCAGAAGCAGACAGUAUGGACUGACACACCGAAACCGUUAACUUUUUUGAAACCCAUGUACAUGUCUUAUUUCUAGUUGCCGUAGUCAGAAAGUCAUUGCUAUGGCGCGAGACAGCACUACACGAAGUUUGGACAAUAUUGACCUCUCUGCUUUGAGGGAUCCUUCCGGAAUAUUUGAGCUGGUAGAAGUGGUUGGGAAUGGCACAUAUGGACAAGUCUACAAGGGGCGACAUGUAAAGACGGGACAGCUGGCUGCUAUCAAGGUCAUGGACGUGACAGAGGAAGAGGAAGAGGAAAUCAAGUUAGAGAUAAAUAUGUUGAAGACGUAUUCUCAUCACAGGAACAUCGCUACGUACUACGGAGCCUUUGUGAAGAAGAGUCCUGCAGGUCAGGAUGACCAGCUCUGGCUUGUGAUGGAGUACUGUGGGGCAGGCUCAGUGACUGACCUAGUGAAGAAGACCAAAGGGAACUGCCUGAAGGAGGACUGGAUCGCCUACAUCUGCAGGGAGGUCCUCCGAGGCCUGUCUCACCUCCACUCACACCACGUCAUUCAUCGAGACAUUAAAGGCCAAAAUGUGCUGCUGACUGAGAAUGCAGAGGUCAAACUGGUUGAUUUUGGGGUGAGUGCUCAGCUGGACAGGACGAUAGGGAGGAGAAACACUUUUAUUGGUACUCCGUACUGGAUGGCCCCUGAGGUCAUUGCCUGUGACGAGAACCCAGAUUCUACAUAUGACUACAGGAGUGACCUGUGGUCUCUGGGAAUCACGGCUCUGGAGAUGGCUGAAGGAGCACCACCCCUGUGUGACAUGCAUCCGAUGAGAGCCCUGUUCCUCAUUCCUCGCAACCCGCCCCCCAAGCUCAAAUCAAGGAAAUGGUCUAAGAGGUUCCUAACCUUUGUGGAGAGCUGUCUGGUGAAGAACUACCUCCAUCGUCCCGCUACGGACACCCUUUUGAGACAUUCAUUCAUCAAAGAUCUGCCUAAUGAACGCCAAGUCCGCAUCAUGCUCAAAGACCACCUGGACAGAACUAGAAAGAAGAGAGACAAAGAGGGCCCGGAAUAUGAAUACAGUGGCAGCGAGGACGAGGAGGAGGAGAUGAACGACGAGGAGGGUGAACCGAGCUCCAUAGUGAACCUACCGGGGGAGUCCACCCUGAGAAGAGAGUUCCUGCGUCUGCAGCAGGAGAACAAGAGCAGGUCUGAAGCCCAGCGGCAGCAACAGGUCCUUCAGCAUCAGCUCCGGGACCAGGAGAGGUACAAACAGCAUCUGCUGGCUGAGAGGCAGAACAGGAUCCAACAACAAAAGGAGCAGCGACGGAGGCUGGAAGAUCAGAGAAGGCAGCUACAGGAUUCUGGGUUCCAGUGGCCAGAGCUUCAAGAGAUGCAGUGGAGGGACGAUACUGAAGCUAAUGACAACAGUCUGCUGGAUGAGAGGAGCAAGAGAACUGACAAGAGACAGUUUGGGGAUUGUGGCAGGCAGAGGAUUGAUGCCGGAGGAAGGCAUGCUGCUCCUGUAGCUGAACAGAGGAGGACCGAGCCUCCGCCUCCACAGCCUCAUCCUCUGCAGCCGCCCCAGCAGGGUAAAAAGUCCCACCGCACACUGCCCAAAGACCAGACGCAGCUGCUUUCGCUUCAGCACCAUCACAGGCACAAACAGAGGGAGCCCCAGAAGGCUGCCAGCGCCACACCUUACUGCCCCGCAAAUAGCCAGCGCAAAGCGAUGGAGAUGGACAGGGAGCGGGUGAAGGAGAUGAACAGGAUUGCUCAGAUAGAGAUGGAGAGGGUGAAGUCCUCUGACAGGAACUACGGCAACUUGAACAGAGUGCUGGCUGGAAUGCCCCUACCACAGCAGGUCAAUCCCCGGCUGAGCUCCGGCAGCAGCUCCAGUCCCUGCACACCUGCCAUGCAGAGGGCUGCCAUACAACAGAAUGCUAAUCUCCGCUCCAGUCGAGACGCCUCUCACAGCAGUUCUAUGUCGGACAUGGCCACCACUCCCAUGUCUCCUGCGUCCGAUGAUGUCUUCUGGGACUUGCCAAGCCCUGUGGAGUGUCCACCAAAGGUUCCGGAACGCACAACAUCAAAAUUAUAUUGCAAAGAGCUGAUGAGUCAUCACCGGAAUGGGUCGAGUGGGGCCCCUCAGUCUCCUGUGGAGAAAGGAGCAAAGCCUAUGUCAUCUCACAGCAGUGGCAGUAGCAGUACCCAGUCAGGUCACUUCAAGCUGGAGAGCCCUCUGCUGCCGAAUCGUCUUCAUCAGUGUCAGGGGACUCCUCCACUGCUUCAGCAGCAUGGUUACGGACAAUUCUCUGUGCUAAAGUCCAACCACAGUCCAUUUUUCAAGGCAACAGAGUACUCCUCCUCUAGUGAUGAAUUUGGGAGUAGUGAUGACGAUGAGAAAGCCAGGUCUCCAUUGAGUAAUGGGAAAACCAAGUUCUUUGGAGCAGCCCAUGAUGAGAUAGUUCUGCAACCCCACCAUAAUCUCAACCAGACCCAGAGCAGCGUGGCGUCAGGCUUUAGGAGUGGCCAGUUGCUACACAGGCUCAUGGCCGUACGGUCAGAAUGCAAUGAGAAUUACCUUCUCCCUGAUCUUCUGCAGAAGAGCCCGGCCCAUGAGCCCCUGGUGCACCAUGGUCCUCGUGACGUCAUCUACCCCCAGUCUCCCGGUGGACGAGCACCACAUUUUGAUACCCCUGUAAGCAGUCCUCCAGGGAAAAGCAUCUCGUCCUCCUCUUCCUCCUUCACUCCCUUCAUUGACCCUCGGCUGCUGCAGAUCUCACCACCUCAAAGCCCAGUUGGCCACAGUCCCACCAGUGGCAAGCCGCCUGCUAAUCAGGAGCCAAUCAGGAGAGAGGGCCACAGGAAGGGUUCCGUGGUCAAUGUUAAUCCAACUAACAUCAGACCCCAGAGUGACACCCCCGAGAUCCGCAAGUACAAGAAGAAGUUCAACACUGAGAUCCUCUGUGCUGGCUUAUGGGGUGUGAACCUGCUGGUGGGGACAGAGAACGGUCUGUGGCUCCUGGACCGGAGCGGUCAGGGGAAGGUCUACUCUCUAAUCAGCAGGAGACGCUUCCAACAGAUGGACGUGCUGGAGGGGCUCAACGUGCUCAUCACCAUCUCUGGUAAAAAGAACAAGCUAAGGUUGUACUACCUGUCAUGGCUACGGAACAAGAUCCUUCGGAACGACCCAGAGGUGGAAAAGAGGCAAGGCUGGACGUCUGUGGGGGACUUGGAAGGAUGUGUCCACUACAAAGUCGUUCGAUAUGACAAGAUUAAGUUUCUUGUGAUUGGCUUGAAGAAUGCUGUGGAGGUCUACGCCUGGGCUCCAAAGCCUUACCACAAGUUCAUGGCUUUCAAGUCGUUCAGCUCGCUCCCCCAGAGGCCUCUGUCCGUGGACCUGACUGUGGAGGAUGGACAAAGACUUAAGGUCAUCUAUGGGUCCCUGUCAGGCUUCCAUGCCAUCGAUGUGGACUCAGGAACGCCCUACGACCUCUACCUGCCCACACACAUCCAGGGCGUGAUCCGACCUCAUGCCAUCAUCAUCCUACCCAACAGCAAUGGCAUGGAGGUUCUGGUGUGUUACGAGGAUGAGGGAGUCUACAUAGACACCUACGGAAGGAUCACCAAGGAGACGGUGCUGCAGUGGGGAGAGAUGCCUGCUUCUGUCGCCUACCUGCAGUCCAACCAGGUGAUGGGAUGGGGGGACAAAGCCAUCGAGCUGAGGUCAGCCAACACAGGGAACCUGGAGGGGGUCUUCAUGCACAAGAAGGCCCAGAAACUUAAGUUCCUGUGUGAGAGGAAUGACAAGGUGUUUUUUGCCUCUGUGCAGUCUGGAGGAAGCAGCCAGAUCUACUUCAUGACACUGGGCCAAAACUCACUAUUCAACUGGUGAGCUCAGGGAGCCUGGAGCUGGAAAACAGCGCAUGUACAGGGAUCAUCUCAAAACAACAUGUAGUGUAGUCAGAUACACUCCGCUUAAAAACGGAAUUUACUUUAGUAUACAGCUACAGAACAUGUGAGACUAGACCAUUUGCAAUCAGCCUACACUGAGAAUGCUUGUGGCUUAAGGCAGCACAUUGGUAUAGCUAAUAGGUCUAGCUGUAAUCUUUAAGAUGGCUUGCACCUUAACUGUAGUGAUGUUAGAGCUGUAUGACAUGUCACAUGGCUUCCUGUUCAUGUCCACAAAUACAAUGGCAAUCUGAAUUUUAUUUCAUAUUGAUCUCAAUAUCACAUGGAGUAGAAAAGCACAAUUAUUUCCAAAAUGCAUCAGAUACAUUUUUGUUAUUGUCGCUGUAUUUGUGAAUAAGUGCCAUUGUUGUCAAGUCCUGAUAUAUUUACCCUUCAGUAUUAGUUGCUUAUAAGGUUGCACAGUUGUAGAUGUAUACCUCAGGUCAGGAAAUCAACAUCUAUUUCUUUUGUUCCAUAGGGAGUGACAAAACAAUUCCCUUAAUUAAUAGAGCAUUACAAAGACUACAGAGAUUAGUGGGCUAGUACUUGUUUUAUGUUAACAGAUCCAGCAAACUGCUUGUUCUUAACUCUCCCUCUUAGUUUUAAGUUCGGAUAGGCAUUAUAUAGCUGGUUGCAUCUCUCUACCGAAAUCAAAUCAUGUUUUGCAUGAAGCAGUUUUCUUUUUUUAGAAAGGGGAAAAUGAUAAUUAUGCGCUGCCCUUGUACUGUAUAGGUUAUGAUGUACAUAGGUGGAUGUACAUAUUACUUGCACUGUUUUAUAGAUAUUUUCUAUCCACUGGUCAUCUCUAUGUACAGUAUCAUGGGGUUUCAAAUUAUCCAGCCCUUUGCACUAUGACCACUUUUGUCCAAUGUAUAAUGCUUUACUGUCACAGUGUAUCCAUACAUUUAAAUACCUUUAUUUUCAUCAUUAAACUAGAGAUUCCUUCUGAUUGAGAUCAAGCUAAAUUGUUGUAUUUGAUUUAAAAUGUAUGUUAUAACAGCAAUAGGCUUUCACCUCUUUAAAUUAAACCUAUACUUUUUUUUUGUAGAAAUGUUUGGUUUAGAACGUAAUCUGUGCCACAAAUGUGAAAUGUUAAAUCAAUUGCAUUUUUAUCCAAUUGUAAUUUUCUUUUUUGUUCCCUUGAUGAUCAAAUCCCACCAUAUUGAUUUCAACAUUAUUAUUACUAUCUGUUCCGAAGAGAUAUGGUUAGUUUUUGUUCAGGUAGGAAUACUGCAGCUGGUUCUGUGAGGGUAUUUUAAACUGAAAAAUAAUUUCUUUUCAAUGGACAGUUUAUGAUGUUAUUGUAUUGUUACCAAAAACAUCAAAUCUUUUUCUGUGGGUUUAAUCUUGAGGUGUAUUCAACUGCCAAGAUAUUUAGGAAAAAGGAAAAGCCAUUAAGGUACUUAGUUUCACAUAGCAUUUGUACUUCUUUUUACCCAAUCUACAAUUAUAAGGAGCUCAAUUUCAUCAAACCUGCAUUGCAGUAUUCAAAUAGUGGCUAUUUUUGAAACUGUCAAAUAAACUCACUGUUUUUGGGUACUGUAUUAUUUCUCAAAAUAGAGACAGCACUCAGUUUAGAUAUUAAUUUAGUAUGCAUGAUGCAAAUAUAAUCUCUCAGAUUUCAAAUAAGGGAUUUAAAUUAGAUUUAUCUACAAACUUGGUAUCAGUAACUAAGUAGCACUUGCCUAGGUAGAACUUGAAAGUGAGCUCAUAUCAAUACCAUGUCCAUUUUUAUACAUUUGGUGAUUAUUGUCAUAAGGAGUGGAUUUUAAGCAGAUUGUUAGCUGUCAGACAUGUUACUGAGUUAGUUCACACUUUACCAACUGAGAUAUUUAGCAUUUGAUUCACAGCCCUCGAAGGGAUUAUUUCUCCUCCUGUCUACCCCUGUACCUUACAAAGUGAAAGGCUCCUCUGUCAGAUCAUGUUUUUGCUUGUCCUGUUGAGAAUUGUGUGUUGUGGGAAGUGAGAACUGAGAAGGUUGAUGAUGGUUUGCGUCAUGUGUACAAUGUGUAGCUGUGAAGGUUCUUAUUUGCUUCAUUUGACACGGAGCAAAUGUUUGUUUUUGUUUUCAGCGACUGAGAAUUUGAGAAGGCGAAAAGAUUAAGAAAGGUUGAGGUUGAGUCUUAGUUGACAGUCAUAUGGAAUUGUAUAUGGUAUUGUAUGGAAAAGAUUGGUUGACAAGUCAGUAUUUAUUCUGGAGUCAGAAAAUUCAUGAUAAAGCUGAUGAAAUUAUACUGAUAGAUUUUCACAAAAUAUAAUGUUUCCUUACCUCUUUUUCCCCCCAUGUUUUUUAAAAUUGCAUUGAUUUGUUUUGUCUUAGUUUCGCUUUAUUUUUGCACUGGAUCUUUGUUUUGUACACCAUGUACUGUAUACCCAACCCGUGAAAUGAAUUAGUAACACUAACCAAUGUGUUAUUAUAGAAACAAUACAUUUCAACAAUAAAAUGUGUUGUAGACAAUUA